UUUUUUUUGAUAAGUGCACAUAUACAAAUGAUAUUUAGUUGAUCAUCACACUAAUCAUUUUCCAUUUCUUCUUUUCAACCACCGAAAUGGAGGGUGAAAAAAGAUGCCCUUUUUUUUAUGCACUUGGGCAUCUUUUUCUUUUUUUUCCCUCCACAUUUUUUUUCUCUUCGUCAUUUAUUCACUCAACGUGGUCACUUUUCAUAUGAUAACAUCUACUCUGCUUCGUCAAGCUUGUCGUCAUCAAGUCUCAUUAGGAAAGACAAGCCGCUUUUUCUCAACAAGUAUCCUCAAGUCACAACAACAGUAUCAUUUUGAUUCGUACAAGUUAGUCCACCAUUUGGAAGAAAAGGGCUUUUCGACCGAGCAAAGUCAAGCAGUCAUGGUUGCUUUACAAAAAGUUAUUUCCGAAAGUAUGGCGAACUUGACUGAUAAUACAGUGAAUAAGGCAGAAUUCGACAAGACGAUGUAUGCACGAACGGUGGAUUUCGUCCAACUACGGAGUGAAGUACAAUUUAUGGAGAGAAACGAAUAUGCCUUGAUGCGAGCGGAAAAUGAACGACUUCAAGGUGAAUUGGAAAUGAUACGACAAAAACUGAUGGAAGAGGUGAAUCGAACACAAGCUAAUGUACGGGUGGAUAUGCAUUUGGAAAAAGGACGAUGGAGGGACGAAACAAGUGCUCAAGAAAUCAAGAUCAAGGAAACUGAAGCAAGGAUUGAAAGUGAAUUGGCAGGACUACGUACACAGAUGGAAGCCAUCAAGUUCCAAAUCUUACAAUACUUUAUCGGCACAUUGACUGGUGGUGGUGCUCUGUUCCUGGCAUAUCUACGGAUGUUACGAUGAUAGGAUUCCCUUCUUUAUAUAUACAUAUAUAUAAUAGAUAGUAUCAUGAUAAUCUGUAUUUGAUGUAGUAAUAAAUCUGUUUUAGCCACA